AUGUAUGACUACAUCCGAGUAACACCGGUAGUUUUAGGCUUCAACGCCGUAUCUGGAUUCAUUGCAGUCGAACUGCCAAAUGUUCCGAAUCGCACGGAAAUCCCGGACGACAACUUGCGACAGUUCGGAGUGAACGACGAACAGCGUCUUUUCAAGCACAUCAUUCACAAUUACGAUGUCUCAGUACGGCCGGUGCGCAAUGCAAGCACCGUUGUUGACGUAUACAUGGGCCUCACGCUCACUCAUAUUUUCAACAUUGUAAUCUUUUUCAUUUUCGUUACGCAUUUUUAA